AUGCCCCCCAGACGCGCACCUCCAACCUCAACAGACGCGUCUGAUGCGUCCAAUGCGUCCAAAAAGGCAAAAACUGCCAACCCUAUGACUGGGACAUUCGAUCCAGAUGUCCCUAGAAGUAAACGCUGGUCUGAUUUUUCUGGAUCCGCGAAUGCCGAUUACCGUUACCGAGUUCAAAUGAAAGAUCCCGAAGUAGCGUACUCGUUUAUCUGUAUUUGUCAACCGCCAUUCUUCGAUGACGAUGAAUACGACUCGGAAGAAGAGGACGAAGACAAGGAUGAGGGGCCGACAAAAGACACAAGUAAUCAAGAAAAACGACGCUGUGAUGGUGGCGUUACUUGUAUCUGCGAGAAACCGGCCGCAGACCAUCCAGAGCACACAUGGGUAAUCAGCAAAGCAGGACAUAGCAGAUACUUCACCCAGAGGAUUCAUCUCUCACUACGAUGUCCCGACAUGUUUGAGAUGUAUACUUUCAACGACCAUGAACCUUACGGUGUGAUUGAAGUAGUCGAAAAUAUGAUUAUGGAUCAUGUCGAGGCUGGACGGAAGAAGAACUGGAAGGAGCAGUGGGCUAUCUGUGAGGCGAUGGCGUUGAUGUUGGCGGGUGAUGUUUUGAAUCCUAUGCAGAUGGCUGAUGACUCGGAACGAGUCUGCGAAGUACUCUCUCUUAUCCUACGCAUGUUCCUCUGCACACUCUCAUACCUCGAAUACAUGUCCCUCCUCAAACCGGACCCCGAAAUCAAAGAUCUCGGCCCGAUCAUGGGUCUCUACAUCCACAGCUUCGAACAAUGGCAAGACGUAGUAUCAUUGGAAUCAUCCCGCGCAGCCCCAACAGGCUCACGCCGGAAGUUCGUCAUUUCCAAAUUUGACUCUUAUGUCGCAGCUUACGCAAAGAAAUACAACAUCACCAUCACCGGCCCACCAGACAUCACCGAAAAAGUCGCAGAAAUCGAAACAGACGAUAUCAAGCUGCCGUCUUGCGACUUGAAGGACCCUUGGUGCUGGACAAAACCGUUUAGUGAGUAUAGAGAGGAAUAUGGAUAUCAUCCGUAUAUUAUUGCCAGGAGGACCAAGUCGAUUGGUGGCGAUCGGUAUGAUGUUACGGCAUGGCCUAGUGAGGAGAGGAAGAUGCAUAGUUUUACGAAGAAGGAUCCGCUUGGGGCGAAGGAGAUUGCGGCUCUUAAGGCAGGGUUGGUUUUGGAGAUGAUGUAGCUGGAUAGUUCUUACUAUUUUACUUUGUGUAUUACAGUAGGAACCUGGCUAUAACGAAAGGAAAGCCACUCCGCAAUUCCACUAAUAUCAGCUUGGAUGACUUUAAUAUGGAACUGUAGUCU